AAUCAAUAACAAAUUGAAUAUGAGGCUGAUUAUGUAAUAUAUUACCCUUUCUUUGGUGCACCAAUCUAUGGAAAAAUUGGGUGUUUGUAAUUUGUGAAGUGAGAAACUAUCAAACAAAACAGCAAAGCGUUGGACCAAAAAAGUGGGAGCGGGAAUGGAGGAAGACGAUGAUCCAUGGUUAGCUCCCGAUAAGUUCUACCAUUUCCUUCUCUGUUUCUCUCUCACGAUCCUCUUCGCUUCAUUCGCCCUUCACACCCGCUAUCCAUUCAUCCGUCGCCACUCCAUUCUCAUCGGAUCCGUCCUUUCUCUUUUUGCCGGAGCCGCCAAAGAGGUCGCCGACGAACUCGGCUUCUUCAAGUCCGCCGGAGCCUCCACCAGGGAUGCUGUUGCCGACUUUAUCGGCGUCUUGAUCGCUUCUUUCCUUCUUCACGCUCUCAGAUUCUCGAUCCGCAGCGGCGGCGGCGGCGGCGGCAAAGAAGCUUGCCCUAAUCGGGACAUUUUAAUGGUCUGAAAUGAUAUGGGAGGGUUUUCUUUUCUGCUACUGAUGGAGGAAUGAGUCGACGUUUUACUUUGAUCAAAGGUAUUCGUUUGAGGUAGGUAGGUUGGGGGAUCGAUCAGUUGUCAUCGUCGAAAGCUUGCUGCAGUAGAAGGCAAGCGUGAAUCACCAUCUUUGUCAGGCAACUUAACUGCAGUGUAGAUUCCAGCUCCACACAAUGUCCCUAAUAUGGGAGCUGUGAGGUAAAUCCAUAUGGCUUUGAAAUUGUUUACUGCAAUGGCUGGCCCCAGUGUUCUUACUGGAUUCAUUGAAGCUCCAGUUGUUUGUCUGUUACAUAAUUAAAAUGAAAAGCUUUUUAGUUUGUUUGUUGUUUAAUGGAGGUAUAUAGGGUAACAUUUGUUCAUAAGAUAAGGCUCUAAAUUACGGUUUCCUUUCUGAAACAGUAGCCACUUUGUUCACGUCUACAUUUUGAAGAGAAAUCUAUUACUAUGAGUUGGAUGAAUCAUUACCGGUUUGGUUUGUAAUUA